AUGGUUUUCCUGCUCUCUCGUUCCCGGGAUGCCUUCGGGGGCUGCACCGAAGCGUCCCUCGACGAUGAAAGCGUCUGCUCCUUACCGAUUUUGCGGGAGAGAUCUCUUCCAGUUGUCGGCGUGUCACUACCUGCCUCAGAGUCGGUGUUGCGGCUCGCCAUUGUACUCGACCUGCGGAUGACUCUUCGAGCACGCCUCCGCCUUCUGCACUCCUUUGGAGAUUGUCGCUCGGCAGGUAGAGAUACGAGUGGACGGAACACAAUUCAGUUUCUGUCUCAGUUUCUGUCUCGGUGGUUGGCGCACUUAUUUGAGUUUAUGUACUCCUGCGAUGCACUCGAUAAAGUUCGCCUUCGUUCGGCCUCAUUCUUGGUGCGACGGUCCGGGGAGACCUGGUGUUUGAGCGCCGUCCCACUGAGUGCCAUUCCUCAUUGCAGAACAGUGCAGGCGUCCGGUAAAUCUUAG